AACUCCCAAAUAAUUUUUCCUGAUGAAGCACAUUUUGUUUAUUCAGAAAAGAAAAAACGAAAAUGUCGCUCUAUUUAUAUCCAAUUAAGCAAUCUAGGGUUUUCCAUGUAAUCAGCAGCAAUCAGGUAUCCAUCUCUCUCUCUCUCUCUCUGCCAAAGUUUAGGAUAGUUCCAUUGUUAGGAAAAGAAAACAGUACAUCAUGCGCCAUCACAGAAUCGCUAAUCAUGAGUCGUUGUUAGUUGUUACUGUUAUUUUGACGUGGCUGAAGAAAACAACUUUAUUUUGUUUUUCAUGAUCACAGUAGUCUAUUGUUUGUCUGUUUCAUGAAUACCCGUGCUUGAUAUUUACAGUUGAUGAAGGAAAUUCGUGAUCACAAUACUUGUGACAUAAUUAAGCUGCAUCUUGAUGGUUUGGAAGUUUUGUUACAUCACGCUAGGGGUGAAAAUAUAACCAACAAAACCAAACCGACCGGAAAAUUCGGGGUUUGGUCCGGUCGGUCUAGGGUUGGUCCCAGUCAGUUUCGGUUUUUGAAGAGUUAAUUUUUAAUUCAGUUUAGGCUCGAGUACCUGUUAGUACUAACGAACCGAACUGUAAUAUACAUAUAGGACCUAUUGACGAUGGGGGUUUCGAUAUUAUAAUACUAGUCUUAGAUAGGGGUUAUGAUAUUUUUUAGUAAUCUUGCCUGGGGUUUUGAUAUUUUAGAAGUCUUCAAGCUCAACCAGAAAAAAACCAAAAAAAAAAAAAAACUGAACCACUCCAAACCGAUUUCGCUCCGCCGAAUAUUUUGACCGGAAUCGGUUUCCGUCAUUUCUAGACUGAACCGAUCGGUUCGGUACGCCAUGUUCGAAAUCCCCGGCCGAGCCGAACCUAUCUCAUCCCUACGUGCUUGGGUGAUUGUCCAACUUAUCUAAUCAGCUGCCAGUUUCCAAAUUUUGCAUGCCAUGAUCAACGAGCAGAGUUAAUCCGGUACCGCCUUGUGUGUAUGUAAUUUUGAGAUUUUUCAGUCAUUGAUUUCCUUUUCUCUGUUUUGGAUAGAAACUAUAGAUGCCGUAUGACUUUAUUGAAUGCAAAAUUGCGUUUCGGAUAUUAAAAAAAAAAAAAAGAAUUACUGCUUACGGAGUUAUCUCGUUCGAUGUUCUUUUCAUGUGAAUGUUCCUUUGCUGCAAUCACUGGUUUUCAAAAGCAUUGUUGUCUGGUGUGCUCACCUUGGCAAAGUGCAGCUGAUGUAACCACGGACCACCCCUGCCUCUUUUCUAAUGCUGUAGAUCCAUUUUUGUUGAUAUUUGGUGAAUGUCAAGGGCUAAAGUCCGGGCCAGCAUGGGUUUCGAUAACUCUCGCAUAGUUAACAUUCAGUCUCUUCAUGGGGAGUAUUUGCCCUGUCUGUCGUCUACUUGUCUACCCGAACGAAGCGCUUCAGUCGCAGUGCACCCAUCUAUUUUGCAAACCUUGUUUGGCACAUGUUGCGGGCACUUCCCGGGCCUGCCCCUAUUGUGGAUACUUGGUGACGGAAGCAGAUUCGAAGGUUAACUUUUCGCAUCAUUGUUUUAUCUUUGUAUUCUGCUGUUACUUACCGGCGCUCUCUCUCUUUCUCUCCCUCUCUCUUUCCUUCCAGCCUCUCGUAGAAUCAAACAAAUCGCUGGCGGAAACAAUAGGCAAAAUAGCAGUUCAAUGCCUCUAUCACAUGUCGGGAUGCAAAUGGCAGGGUCCUUUAUCCGAGUGCAGUUCCCAUUGUUCCGGGUGUGGGUUUGGAAAUUCCCCGGUCGUAUGCAACUGGUGUGAUAUCGAUAUCGUGCAUCGUCAAGUCCGGGAGCAUGCACAGAACUGUCCCGGUGUGCAUUCUCAAACACAACGGGCAGAGGGUGUUCGGGAUGCUGCUGCAGCCCCAGCCGCAUCAUCGUCUAAUCCUCAACAAACGCAGACGGCUAAUCAGCCCGGGGCAUCAAAUUCUCAGGCCCCGACUUCGCAAACCGCGGCUGCCAUGAAGUUUUUGAGAAUUUAGAUUUAAGAGUUGGGGUGUGUUUAUAUUUUAUCCAGUGGGUUAAUGUGUUUCUUAUCAAGUACUGCAUUGCCUUCGUUAAGUGUCACUUGAAUUUCUAAGUGGGGAAAAAAAAAAAAAGGGUUCUACAGACCUUUGUUAUUUA